CUGUAAAAACAAAUGGCAGCCAUGCAAUAGCGUAUUACUCAGAUUGGUCAGUGUCACGAACAACACCAUCAUCUCCUCUGCUUCUUUUCUUCUCCGUUUUCUAUUUUCCCGGCGAUAUAUACGCGUUUCUUCGCCGGAGAUUCCGAUCAAAUGGCCGGCAAAAGCAAGAUCCUCAUCGUCGGAGGCACCGGAUACAUCGGAAAGUUCGUGGUGGAGGCGAGCGCCAAGGCCAGGCAUCCAACUCAUGUUCUAGUCCGAGAUUCCACUCUCUCCGAUCCGGCCAAGGCUCCGAUUAUCGACAAUUUCAAGAGCUUGGGAGUCAAUUUCGUCUCUGGCGAUUUGUACGAUCAUGAGAGUUUGGUAAAGGCGAUUAAGGAGGUGGAUGUGGUGAUUUCCAGCGUUGGUCAUGCUCUGUUGGCCGAUCAAGAUAAAAUUAUCUCUGCAAUCAAACAAGCCGGCAAUGUUAAGAGAUUUUUCCCUUCUGAGUUUGGGAAUGAUGUGGAUCGUGUGCACGCUGUUGAGCCAGCAAAAUCAGCCUUCGCCGUGAAAGCUGAAAUCCGGCGAGCUGUGGAGGCUGCAGGAAUUCCCUACACAUAUGUCUCCUCCAACUUCUUUGCUGGUUACUUUCUUCCCAAUUUGGCUCAGCCUGGAGCCUCCACUCCACCUACAGAUAAAGUUGUUAUCUUAGGGGAUGGAAAUCCCAAGGCAAUAUUCGACAAGGAAGAUGACAUUGCAACCUAUACAAUCAGAGCUGUGGAUGAUCCAAGAACUUUGAACAAAAUCCUCUACAUCAAACCUCCUGGAAACAUCUACUCUUUCAAUGAUCUUGUGGCCCUUUGGGAGAAAAAAAUUGGCAAAACCCUCGAGAAAAUCUAUGUUCCUGAGGAACAAGUGUUGAAGAACAUCCAAGAGGCUCCAAUUCCCUUGAAUGUGAUAUUAUCAAUUUCUCACUCAGUUUUUGUGAAGGGAGAUCAUACCAAUUUUGAUAUUGAACCAUCAUUUGGAGUGGAAGCCACCGAGCUGUAUCCAGAUGUUAAGUAUACAACUGUGGAUGAAUUUCUCAAUCGCUUUGUUUAAAAGCACUUUCUGGAGGGCAAAACCAAAAGGUUUAGUGAUGUGAUUUGACUUUGCCUUUUGUAUGUGUAUUACCUAUGUUGUUUGAAUUUGGCCUACAGGUUCUGUCUCUACUAAAUUCAGUGAGUUCAUUUGACUUUUAUUUAGCUUCAUGCUUAAUUUGUAUUUUUCCAAUAAAAAUAGGAACUUGUUUUCAGUA